ACAUAGGCUUCGUUGCCAAGGAAAAUACCGGAAGAGGGGUAUCCAUGAUUCUGAAAAGGUGAAAGUUACAACCAAGAAACCAAAAUGUACGACGGCGAAGACUCCGAUGGUCCUAAAGGAACUUUUGAAAUAUACAAAGCGGAGGCUGACACGCUUUACAAACAAGGGGAAUACAGAAAAUCUAUUGAAAGUUACACCACAGCAUUGGAACUACAGCCAAAUGAGAAAAAUACUUUGGUUGCCAGAUCAAAAUGCCACUUGCAACUUGGAGAUACAUCCAACGCUUUGAUUGACGCAGAAGCAUCACUUACUGAUGACAAAACUUUCCACAAGGGUGUAUACCAGAAAGCCCAGGCGCUUUACUACCAGGGCGAUUUUGAAAUGGCCCUUGUCUUUUACCACAGAGGGCACAAAUUGCGACCAGAACUACAGGAGUUCCGUCUGGGAAUACAGAAGGCUCAGGAAGCCAUUGAUAAUUCUGUAGGAUCUCCAGACAAGGUCCAGCUGACCACAGAAGGCGAUUUAUCAUUCUUUCAGAAACAAGAUGAGAAGCGGCUCCCUAAACGAGGUGGUGGCUAUGGUAUGGGUCGCUCUCUGACACAUGCCCCUGUCAGAAAGAGGAAGUUUGAUGUCAACAGAUCCCCUGGUAAUGAGAAAACAAUCAAACAACUCCUUGGGGAGUUAUACGGUGACAGACAGUAUCUGGAGAGGCUUCUUAAAGAAACAGAUCCCAAAACAAACAUGGGCAAGACGAUAUCCAACCUGGUGGAGGAGGGAUUGAUGUACCUGGAUACACGCACAGACUUCUGGCGUCAACAGAAACCCAUGUACGCCCGCAGACACGAGAAAAUCAUGCAGAAACAUCGGUUUGAGUCCAACACAGGGAAACUUUCUCCCAACGACUACAUUAUCAGAGAGCUGGAGCGAAUAGAUCAAGCACAAAUUGAAGGAAAGUACCAAGAAAGUUUAAAGAAAGCCCAAAGAUGUUUGAGCACAGUUGAGAAUUUCACAGAAGAUCAGGUACCCAAUAAACUCGAGGUGAUCGCUAACCUCCACAGCUGUAUCGGUAACGCCUACCUAGAGAUGGGACAAUUUGACAAAGCUCUGGAACACCAUCAGAUAGACUACAACAUGGGAGACACACACGAUCUAGAAGAAGCCAAAUCCAGAGGUUUGGAUAACUUAGGUCGAGUCAAUGCCAGGCAUGGCAACUACCAGAAAGCCAUUGAUGUGUGGGAACAGAAACUUCCAAUGUCAAAAUCAGCAUUAGAAAGCACAUGGUUGUACCAUGAAAUUGGACGAUGUUAUCUAGAACUUAAUAAAUUUGAUAAAGCGAGAAAUUACGGAGAAAAAUCACUGACAGCAGCAGAGGAGGCAGAUGAUCCAAUGUGGCAACUUCAGGCAACAGUCCUCAUCGCUCAAUCUGAAGUAAAACUUGGCGAUUUGAGUGGUGCAUUAGCAACAUUUGAAACUUCAUUAGAUCUAGCAAGAACACAAGGUGAUACAUCAGCAGAGACGGCCAUUAAAAAAGCAAUAGAAGAGGUGAACGCAAAAAUAGCUAAAGGUGGGUCUAGAGGUUCGGGCAAAAGUACGGAUUCUGGUAUGAAAAAGACUGAAACAAAAACUGACAAGGAACUAGACAUGAACAGUUCGAGUCUAGAACGAGUAGACACAAAGAUGGAGGAAACAAAAAAAGAGGAGGAAGCAGAAGAAAAAGAGAGAAUAGAACAAGAAAAGAAAGAAGAAGAACGAAAAGAACAGGAGAGGAAAGAGGAGGAGGAACGAAAAGAAAAAGAAAGAAUAGAAAAAGAGAGAAUAGAAAAAGAAAAACAGGAAGAAAGGAAAGAACAAGAAAGAAAAGAUAAAGAGGAAAAAGAAAAGGCUGAUCGAGAAAAAGAGGAGCAGAAAAAAGAAACAGAUGAAGAGGAUAAAGGAGAAGAAGAAUGAUAUUCAGCAAGAACAUUUAAAUGAUUACAUCACAAGUCAACUUACCAGUGAUAACACGGAAACAUCGG